AUGCCAUUAUCUACUUUAGCAGAUUCUUCUGAAAUACACGUGCAGCGUGACCUGAACCCUAGGCCUCAAUCUCCCACUCAGCCGAACUCUAUCUGCAGUCCCCAUAUCAUUACCCCCAUCUUCCCUUCCCAUUCAUCCGUCGUCCACCACUCUGCCCGUCCUCGAUCCUCAUCAUUUUGCUCUAUCGCAACAUCAUGGGUAGCUCAGAAAGCCGAUAUAUCAGACUUGAAGGCGAGUCUCUCCAUAUUAUCUUCGCAUCUGUUUCGUGAUUAUCACACUCUAUCUACAGUCAUCAGCGGAAAGAAUCUUCGAGUCCCCUCUUGGCGCAUUCCCGCUGGCAUUUAUGUGUUCAUCAAUGUCGACUCGAAGAGAUGCUGGAAAUCGGCCAUCAGUGUUUCAUCAUCUCAUCAAUCUGUAGCGUGGGGGGAUACUGUAACUCUACCAUCAAAUGCCUCGCCUGCAUUGUCAAUAGAGAUCAGGGCAUCCUAUGAGCUUGGUCGGAUGCUAGGCGGUGGAGAGGUCAUCGGGAAACUUCAAAUGUCGUGGGAUGAGCUAAUCAAUCAUGGAAAUCACCCAUUUGAUCUGUUUUUCCCACCCGUGCGCGGUGUUCAACCUUCUAUCACACUGCGGGUUGCUGUUGUACAUGCUUGGGACGAUCAAAAUGGCGCACUGUUUGAUUCCCUCGUAGACUGCGAGAUUGCUCGAGACGCAGAUGCGGGCCACGCACAAAUUGCCUCAUACAAGAAAAGCAAAAAUGUCUCUCACUUGAUCUAUGCUAUGGAGCAUUUUCAGUUGGUUCUGAACCAGUGUCCGGUCGGCCAUCCAGACCGCGCAACGGCUCUCACCAACCUCGCGUCGGUUCUCCUUAAAGGCUACAUCCGAAAUGAUCCCCAUCCCGAUCAUACCUUAUCCCUAUAUAAUCUCACCGAAGCGCUAAAUUGCCGUCACGCCAAGAAAGGUACUGCUGGCGACAUCCGCGAAGCCGCCCAACUGUAUCAUGAGCUACUGCCUCUCUGUCCAGAGGGCACGUACCUUCGUAGCAUCGCAACAGGGGAAAUUGGUGUUGAUUAUGUGAUCGGCGGAUGCAACAAUCUUCCAAAAGACGCAUCCGAUGAAGGCAUCCACCUUCGAAGAGUCGUCCUCGAGCUCUGUCCUGUGGGCCAUCGACUUCGCCCUAGAACCCUUAACGAGCUUGCACGAGCAGUUCAAGCACGCUUUGAUCAACACGGCAGCAUCGAUGAUCUUGACACGAGCAUACAGCUUGGUCGUGAAGCCGUGUCUCUGUGCCCCGAGGGACAUGCUGACCGUGAUACCUACCUGAACAACUUGGCCUUUUCACUCCUAUUCCGCUUUAGGCACCAAGGCAAUCCCAAUGACCUUGAUGAAACCAUAUCUUUGUACGAAGAAGCACUGCACCUGUGCCAUAUCGAGCACAAAUCUCGUGAUUGCUCAUUGGGCAACCUAGGGAGCGCCUUGGUCGCUCGUUUCGAGAAACGCGGCGACAUUGAAGACAUGACCCGAGCCAUCAACCUCUGUCGCGAGGCCCUGACGUUGCGCCCACCUGGGCAUCCACAUCGUGACACCACACUUAACAACCUUGCCCUCGCGCUCAAAACCAGAUAUAACAAAUCGCAUGUUAGCGAGGAUCUUAAUGAGGCCAUUGAUUGGUAUCGCGAUUCCCUUCGGUUACGGCUUGACGAUCCAGAGCGCCAUAGAACUCUUCACAAUUUGAGCUCGGCGCUCUGCUCUCGUUUCACGCAAGCUCAUAAGAAUGAAGAUGUUGAGGAGGCCAUUUCUCUUUGCCAAGAAUCAUUGGCAGCUCUGUCUUCACUACACCCGGACAGGUUUUGCAGCUACAUGAACCUGCAGGAGGCCUAUUUGUCUCGUUACCGGAUUCUACACGACCCUGCUGAUUUGUCUCUUGCAGUGGAGAACUUCAGAUUCGCAUCAAGACAUUCUACUGAAGGGUUCCCACAACGCAUCAUUGGCGCAUUCAAUUGGAUAGUUGCAGCUGAGCAGCAUGAUCAUGGAUCCGUGCUGGAAGCGUACUUGACAUUUUUUGAGCUUCUGGAUGCUCAUUUGGCAACGCGGUCUUCGCCAACUUCACGACGCGAAGCUGCUGCUGCCUUCAAUGAUAUCAGAAUGCUGCCUGUAUAUGCAGCAUCGUGCGCUAUUCGCUGUCACAAUCUACCACAUGCAGUUGAGCUUGUGGAGCAGGGCCGUGGCCAGCAAUGGUCGCUGGCCUCCCGACUCAGGACGCCAGUUGAAGACCUUGAGUCAGCGCAUCCGGCACUGGCGCACAAUUAUUUGGAGCUGAGCAACUUCAUUUCCAGUGCGGCCCAGAGUUCUGCAACCAUCACUGACAGAGCUGUUGCUGAUCGGGCCGCAAUAGAGUAUAGGAGACUUACAAGGCAAUGGGAAGCUGCGGUAGCUGAGAUACGUGAUCUUCGGGAGUUCUCGCGGUUCCUGCUCCCACCUUUGUAUGCAGACCUGCAAGCGGCAGCGCGCCAGGGCCCGGUCAUCAUCCUCAUUGCGAGUGAAUACUCAUGCAGCGCCAUCAUCGUCCCGACGUCAGGAGACCCCCGUCAUGUUCCCUUGCCGUCUGUCACUCUCGCAGAUCUGACCAAUCUCAAGGACCGCGUCGCCAGGGCGAUACGACACGCAUCUACCCUGGGCCCAAAAGUGCCGCGAAACGAUCUAAUAGUCCUUUUGCGGACAAUAUGGAAUGAAAUCAUGCUACCCAUCAUCAACGUCCUCCGGCAUGACCUGAAACUAAAAUACUGUCGAAUCUGGCUGUGUCCAACUGCAGCCUUCACAUCUAUUCCUCUCCACGCAGCUCACCCGUUUCGAACCGACCCAGAUGGCUCUAGGGCGCAAUGCCUGGAGGAUCUCUACAUCUGCUCUUACACGCCCACACUUUCGGCUCUGGUCAGAUCCAGACAGAUGAUGAAGAAGCGCGUCACUCCAUCCUUCGCGACAAUCGGACAGGGUCAACCGGGUGCAGGGAAAGGCAAGGCGCUCUUGGCCGUCGACAGCGAGCUCGAGCUUGUCCAUAAGCUCGUCCCUGCGACGGCCAAACGUACUACUAUUUCUGGCGACGCAGCCACACGAGCAGGUGCGCUCGAAGCUUUGGAGCAGAACACCUGGGUGCACCUAGCUUGUCAUGGCAAGCAGGACCCAAAGCAGCCUUACAAUUCGCAUUUCGUCAUGAGAGACGAAGAUCUGACGCUGCUUGAUAUCAUGGAGAUAGAUAUUCCGAACGCCGAGUUCGCGUUCUUAUCGGCGUGUCAUACCGCCGUCGGGGAUGAGGAGACACCCGACGAAGUAAUUCACCUCGCAGCUGGUCUUCAGUUUUCGGGGUUCAAGAGCGUCAUUGGGACGCUGUGGCAGGUCGACGACGCUGUUGCAAAACACGUCGUCAAAGCUUUCUAUGAGAACAUGUUCCCAGAUUUAAAGGAUGGAGGUGUGAUGGACUGUACGAAGGCGGCCUGGGCACUGAACCGUGCCACGCACGCUGUGAAGACGACAGUUCCGCUGGAGCAGAGGAUGGUUUUCGUUCAUAUCGGUGUGUAGCUCUAAUACCUCGUAUUGCUGUCGUGUGGUACAUAUUCACAAGUUGUUGAUCUGGGAUCUGUUGUGAAAAUAACUCUGAUACCAUAUUCUUGCGCUCCAGCUAUCUUACUUUUGUAUACUUGGUCAUGUUUUAGUCGACUAGAAUGUUCACUUAAGUUCUUGUGUA